AUGGAUUAUGAUUCAUCAACUGGAAAAGUAAUACUAUCAGAUGGACCUUAUAUGCCUUUAUCAAAACCUUUUCCAUGCACUAGUAACCCUAAAAUUCAACGAACACGUCAAAUUCAUUUUAUUUUAAAUGGAAUACUUCUGAUAUUGUCCGUAGUUGAUCUUAUUCUCGGUAUUACUGGAGUUAAAUUCUUAAAUGAUCAAGGAAUGCAUAUCAGAGCUUAUUAUAUUAGUCAAGCUUCAAUUUGGAUUCUUUUGAAUAUUUUUGGACUUUUUGUUGCUUAUAAAUAUAAUCGAAUUGGUUUACAUGUGUUUGCAUGGUUAAAUGCUGUCUUAAUCGCUAUACUCAGUAUCUUAAUUAUUAUUAUCUUAAGUAUUGUUGCAUGGUUAAUUUUUUCGAAAAGAUUUCAAGAACAUUUUCGACCAUCGUUAUUCGUAAUCAUACUGUCAAUUGUGGGUAUUGUAUUUAUUGUCAUUCGAGUAUUUGUAAUUCAAAUUGCUUUGAAAUUAGCACGACUUAUCAAUGUAAAUAACAAAUAUAUUAUUGAAUCAAAUUAA